AUGUCAACUCUUAAACUGGUACAGAUUCUUGACGAUAAUGCACCGGACUUCAAAUACUCAGGCGGCCAAUGGACGCUUAGCACGCUAGUUCAGUGGUACCAGCAAACUUCAAAUUACCCCGCUUUCGUAACGGCGACGCAGUUUGGUUCCUUCUCAUUAACCUUCCAAGGAACAUCCAUCGCAUUUAUUGGGAACACCCCACCAGAACCAUCUUCCCAGACUGCACUUGUUAGCAUUGACGGUGGCGCACCGUCUGAAAUUACAUAUCCCGGCACGCCACCCGCUUACAUUCAAUGGUACCAGUCGCCUACGCUGUCAGAGGGAAUACACAGCAUAACAGUAUCUCGUAUCGACGGAACCGCUGUAGACUAUGCGCUCAUUGAAGUCGGCCAAGAUACUCCAUUGUCUGGUAAAACUAUUGUCGUCGAUGACGAUGACCCUGCCAUACAGUACGCAGGUAGCUGGAUACGGGACACAGACGAAUUUGAUGCUGGAAGCCUCCCGGACGGUUUUCCACUCCGCAAUGGCACGCACCGAACUUCCAAGGUUGGGGAUACGGUAACAUUCCGAUUCUUUGGUACUUCUUAUGCUGUGUAUGGAAUAUUCUCAUGGGAAAACCUUGGUUUACUGUCAGCAACAUAUACAUUAGACGGCAGCUCAACUGCUCAGAGCUAUCCGGUAACAAAAUCCUCUCCCCAGUUUGUCAAGGGCGAUAAAGAAGCGGUAAAUCUCCAAUAUUUUUCGCAGGACGGCCUUCCUCCUGGAGAGCACCUGCUAAUUAUAAACGUCACACAAUCUCAAGACGUGCUUUAUAUUUUGGACUAUAUCACUUAUACUCCUUCAUUUUCGACUCUUUCUACUAUGCCAAGCCUCGGUAACAACACCAUUAUAUCUUCCGGAGGGUCUGGCAUCUCCACAUUAUCAGCCCUACUUUCUACAAGUUCAACGACCUCCGCUACUGGACUUCCACAGCGCCCAGCAAAAGGUAAAACUUCACAUGUGGGCCCCAUUGCAGGAGGAAUUGUAGGUGCUGUGGUAGUUCUUGCUGCAUUGGCGGUCACCCUGCUUUUGAUACGACGGCGCCAAAAGAAACCAGCGCGAUUCGGAAUGCACUCUGAUUAUAGCGCUUCGGUUUCAGCAGGUCAACCAGUGGCACCUGUUCAUCAGGCUGGAGACAGACAACAAUUGAAUGGUGCAAUCUCUCCCUUCCGCCAUGACACCAACCCUAGUCCUAUCGGGUCUGCUGAAUCACCAGUCGGCUUCAAGAAAAAGAGAUUUAAUUCUUCAGCGCCAAUCAGCAAUACACCUCCCCUGCCUACAAGUGUUGUCACUUCCCAAACCGGUACAAAUAUUGCCCUGUCCGCAAUUGGGAGCACAGAGAUAGAUAGUACUACACCACCUUCAAACCGAGAUAGUAACCCUCCUGCUUAUGACUCGGUCUCAACUUUGCGAAGGUCUAACCUUCCUCCAUAG